UUUGAGCAGCGACACCUAUCGCCAAAAGAUAAUAGCAAGCUGUUUUUUACUGGGGUCAUUCCGUCUAACGGUGAAGCGGCAUAACGAGGCUACUCUUGCUUAGGUGAUUCAAGUGCGUUCUAGUGAACACGUGCACUGCUGUAUGGCCUAUCUAUGGACGUCUUAGGGAGCUAUGGCGUGCUGAAAAGAGAGAACGAGAGGCUACACAGUGAGAACGAAGAGCUGAAAGUCAUGGUGGCCUUGAUGAAGGAGAACAUGGAUCUGCGGUCCAGAAGCAGUGCACUGGAAGGGAACACACAGAGAUGCUCUAUCCCUGGAAGUAGCUCUCUGAGAACAAGUGGAGUAGGAUCAGGAAAACAAUCCAUUUUGUGGGAUGACACUUUGGAGGAGGGUCAGUUGUCCAGAGAGCUUCUGACAAAGUCACACAGAACAUCUUCUCCCUUGGUUCUCAGUGCCCUGUCUAAAGAUGCAUACUCAUAUUACAGUCCUGACAAAAGCAGCUUUCAACCUUUCCGGGUAACAGAAGAAAGGACCCGCUCUGCAAGGCAUGGAACUACAGAUCUCUCCCACCAGGAAAUGGAGCGUGCUGUUGGGGAGAUUGCCUUCCAGUUAGACCGCAGGAUCCUGUCCUAUGUAUUUUUAGGGCGGGCCAGGCUCUAUGGAUUCACUGUGUCCAACAUUCCCGAUAAGAUCGCCCAGGUUUCCACAAACCAGCUGAGUGGGAAGGUGGAUGAAGCCCUCCGGUCCCAGAUGACGUGGCGCUACGCUGAGCUGAUGGAGAAGCUCAAGCGACUCGGCUACAACCCACAACUGCACCCCCAAUUCAGCGAGUACGUUGUCAACACCUAUGGCAUCCUGAAGCAGCGGCCCGAGGCCUGCACCGCGCAGCUCAAAGGUUACAAUGACCCCGACAGCCUGAGGAAGAUGGUGAUUGAAAUAGUCCCAGUUGCGAUGCUCAAAGAUACCCUGCUCCUCCUCAGCUGUCUGUGCUACCUGGCAAGGCAGGAUGAGAAGGCUCUGUUCACCUGGUAGUGCAGCUGCUUGACAACAGAUAAUAAAGCUGUGACAAACUGUGA